UAUUUAUAAAAAAAAAGAAAAGUUAAAAUGUGAAUCGAUUAGAAAAAAAAAAAAAAAGUCAUAUCCACGCAACCUUUCCUCCGUCGGUUUUUGAUAUUGAUCUCUCAAAAAUGCAUUCGAAUCAUCUGCUUCUAGAAGAACCCAUCAGGAUGGCUUCUAUCCUUGAGCCAUCUAAAGCUAGUUUUUUUCCGGCGAUGACGAAAAUAGUUGGCACUUUAGGUCCUCGCUCUCGAUCUGUUGACGUCAUCUCCGGUUGUCUUAAAGCUGGCAUGUCUGUUGCCAGGUUUGAUUUUUCAUGGGGAGACGAGGAGUAUCACCAAGAUACGUUAGAGAAUCUCAAGGCUGCUAUUAAGACCACUAAGAAGCUCUGUGCUGUAAUGCUGGAUACUGUUGGUGCCGAGAUGCAGGUUGUGAAUAAAAGUGAAAAGGCCAUUUCGCUUCAACAAGAUGAUGUCGUCAUUCUCACCCCUGAUGAGGGUCAGGAGGCUACUUCUCAAGUACUACCGAUCAACUUUGCCGGGCUUGCCAAGGUCAGAUGCUCUCUUGUCUAGGUUUCUGUUCAUAGG